GCCGCGCGGGCUGCCGAGCGCACGGCUCGGGACCGUUACACCCGUGACCAAACUUCGCACGAAAACUUUACGAGCCUCAUGGAUAUAGGGGGAUUUGGGUUGUGACGGCGCGCGGGAUCAGAGGGAAAUAUGCAGCAACCUUGCUGGUUGCUAUAUUUUCUGGUUAUUUUCAUACUAGGCCUCGACACGAAGCUCGUAGGACUGGCGUUUCAGCCGGAGUUUGUAGAGCCAAUUGCAAACCUAACAGUACCGGUAGGACGAGAUGCAACAUUUAGAUGCUUAGUACAAAAUUUAGGCGGAUAUAGGGUCGGCUGGGUCAAAGCGGAUACAAAAGCGAUUCAAGCAAUACAUAUACAUGUGAUAACCAAUAACCACAGAGUAGGCGUAUCCCAUAACGGUCAGACAGUGUGGAAUCUGCACAUUAGGAGCGUACAGGAGGAGGACAGGGGGCAGUAUAUGUGUCAAAUCAAUACUGAUCCAAUGAAAAGCCAGAUGGGUCAUUUAGAGGUGGUGGUACCACCGGACUUUAUUAUGGAGGAGACUUCUGGAGAUGUUAUGGUACCUGAAGGUGGUACCGCGAAGGUGUCGUGUCGGGCGCGUGGUCAGCCCACACCACGCGUCAUGUGGAGGAGAGAAGACGGAUCUGACAUAGUGUUGAAAGACCCUAAUGGCGUUAAAACAAAAGUGACAGUGUACGAGGACGAAGUAUUGACUCUGAACAAGAUAUCCCGGUCGGACAUGGGCGCGUACUUGUGUAUUGCCAGCAACGGCGUGCCCCCAUCAGUCAGCAAGAGGAUCGUCAUCAAAGUACACUUUCACCCGGUCAUCCAAGUACCGAAUCAGCUGGUUGGUGCUCCUCUCGGCACGGACGUCAGCCUGGAGUGCUACGUCGAGUCCUCGCCCAAGUCCAUCAACUACUGGAUACGAGAUUCAAAUGAGAUGGUGAUAUCAUCCAGCAAGUACGAGGUGGUGAACUCCGUGAUCAGCUCGUUCGAGAGCCGCAUGACGCUGACGGUGCGCCGGCUGACGGCGGCCGACGUCGGCGGGUACAGAUGCGUCGCCAAGAACUCGCUCGGUGAAGUCGAUAGCAUCAUACGACUUUACGAAAUACCUGGACCAACUGUAAAGAACACAAGUCUGGCAACAAAGAAAGAAGAAUACAUUGACUCAACUCCCAUAGAAGGACCUGACAACCAGUUCGGUUCAGCCGAGAAAUCUGACGACGAAGAUGAUUCUGUUACUGACGUUUCGUACAAAAUCGACAACACAACCAAAAUUAAAGUACCCACAUACAUACAGACAAAUACCAACAAAUAUAAUUUUAGUAAUAAAGUUCGUAAAGUUGUAAAUAAACUAGAAUAUGAAUCAGCAGGCUCACGUAGGUUACAUCCUUGUUUUUCACUUAUCUUGCUUACUAUACUUAGGUUUGUAUGAAAUAAAUAGUUAGAAAAUGUUUUAUAUGAACAGGUGUAUUUUAUUUGAGUUAAGGGUAAUAUUUUGUGGUGUUUUGAAGAAUCGAAAGAUCUUUAAAUAAGGGCUUUUACAGGCCUAAAGUAGUAUGUUCUUUUUGAUUAAAUUAUAUUAUGAAAUAUUAUAAAAAACUGACGUAAAGUGAUUGAAUAAACGAUGACGCUAGUAAAAUCGUGUAUAGUCGUACUCUACAUGAUUUAUAAUAACAAUCAGUGAAUUUGGUUUUACCUCUUUCCUUUUUAACCCUGAAUUGUACCUCUCUUUCCCUCUUUAUCAAUUAAUAGAGAAAAAAUGGUAAGUAAGUAUUUUUGGCCUUACCGACUAAAAAAAUCUGGGUGUACUAUCGCUAUUUCCUUAAGCAUUAAUGUAUCAUACUGUUAAUAAUCUCCAGUAUCUACUUGUUAUCUCAAAUUAGCCUAUUAACUGAA